AUGUUCCGCCACGCCCUUCGCGCUGCGGUCCCGCGGCCCCGAGUCCUCUGUGUUCCUCGUGCCGCAGUCGCCAGCAACAGCAGCAGCAGCAACCCCGCGAGAUUCCAGCCCUUUUCCACGACAGUCGCAAGAAUGGCCGACAUGAAGGACGGUGCUUUCAAGCACGAUGCCACCGCGGCCCCGCAAAGCACUCGUGUGCUGCCUCUCUUCUCUCUCAAGGGCAAGACGGCUAUUGUCUCUGGAGCUGGUGCUGGCAUUGGCUUGCAGAUUGCCCAUGCCUACGCCGAGGCGGGUGCCAAUGUCGCCAUCUGGUACAACAGCAACAAAAAGGCCCUGGACCGUGCUGCUGAGAUUGAGAAAGAGUACGGCGUCAAGUGCAAGGCGUACCCGGUGAACGUCACCUCCCACCAAGCCAUCCAGGAGUCGAUCCAGCAGAUUGUGUCCGAGUUCAACGGCCGCCUCGACAUCUUUGUCGCCAACUCGGGCAUCGCAUGGGAAGAGGGUCCUUUGAUUGACGGGCCCAUGGACGUUGCCGACAGGGUCAUGGCCGUCAACGUCAAUGGCACCGUGUACUGCGCCCAAGUUGCUGGCGAGCACUUCCGCAGGCAAAAGAAGGAGGGCACAACGCUCGACGGCAAGAAGCUCGAAGGCUUCACGACUGGUAGCUUUAUUGCUACCGCUAGCAUGAGCGCUCACGUUGUCAACAUCCCCCAGGCGCAAGCCGUGUACAACGCGUCCAAGGCGGCCGUCGUCCACCUCUGCAAGAGCUUGGCUGUUGAAUGGGUCGAUUUUGCCCGCGUCAACACGGUGUCGCCCGGAUACAUCAAGACUGAGAUUACCGCUUUCGUCGACGAAGAGUCCAAGAAGCAGUGGAGGAACAAGACGCCAAUGGGACGCGAGGGAGAACCCAGCGAGCUCAAGGGCGCAUACUUGUACCUGGCAUCGGAUGCCGCCUCGUACACCACGGGAUCCGAUCUUGUCGUUGACGGAGGUUACUGCUUGCCGUAA